AUGGAGGAGACAGCAGUGUGGUUUGACAUGGAGGAGGCAGCAGUGUGGUUUUACAUGGAGGAGACAGCAGUGUGGUUUGACAUGGAGGAGACAGCAGUGUGGUUUGAGGUGGAGGAGACAGCAGUGUGGUUUGAGGUGGAGGAGACAGCAGUGUGGUUUGACAUGGAGGAGACAGCAGUGUGGUUUGACAUGGAGGAGACAGCAGUGUGGUUUGACAUGGAGGAGACAGCAGUGUGGUUUGAGGUGGACGGCUCAACUACCAACAAGAUCUCACGGUUUCACUUCAGUAUUCAACGUUUGCCCGGGAGGGGAGAGGGGAUAAAAGUCUAUGGGGGAAAUGAAAGUAGGGAAGGGUUAAUGUUGUUCAAAAAGAAAAAAUGGACUGUUUAGCAUAAAGUAAUACGUGCUCACAUUGCCCCCUAGUGGACGGUAUUGAAGGCAUCUCUUGUCGUUCAGGGGACCUGGACAAACGUUGAAUACUGAAGUGUAUCUGCUGAGAUCCGGCUGCAACAACAGUGGAUACAAGUUUCAACAAGGCACAGUGAGAGAACGCUGGAUACCAGGCUCAACAAGGCAAAGAACCUGGAAACCAGGCUCAACAAGGCACAGUGAGAGGACGCGGAUACCAGGCUCAAUGAGGCACAGGGAGAGAACGCUGGAUACCAGGCUCAACAAGGCACAGUGAGAGAACGCUGGAUACCAGGCUCAAUGAGGCACAGUGAGACAACGCUGGAUACAACACUCAACGAGGCACAGUGAGAGAACGCUGGAUACCAGGCUCAACAAGGCACAGUGAGAGAACGCUGGAUACCAGGCUCAACAAGGCACAGUGAGAGAACGCUGGAUACCAGGCUCAACAAGGCACAGUGAGAGAACACUGGAUACCAGGCUCAACGAGGCACAGUGAGAGAACGCUGGAUACCAGGCUCAACAAGGCACAGUGAGAGAAACGCUGGGAUACAAACACUCAACGAGGCACAGUGAGAGAACGCUGAAUACAACACUCAACGAGGCACAUGAGAGAACGCGGAUGGAUACCAGGCUCAACGGGCAUAACGCUGGAUACCAGGCUCAACGAGGCACAGUGAGAGAACGCUGGAUACCAGGCUCAACGAGGCACAAUGAGAGAACGCUGGAAACCAGGCUCAACAAGGCACAGUGAGAGGACGCUGGAUACCAGGCUCAAUGAGGCACAGUGAGAGAACGCUGGAUACCAGGCUCAACAAGGCACAGUGAGAGAACGCUGGAUACCAGGCUCAAUGAGGCACAGUGAGACAACGCUGGAUACAACACUCAACGAGGCACAGUGAGGAGAAACGCUGGAUACCAGGCUCAACAAGGCACAGUGAGAGAACGCUGGAUACCAGGCUCAACGAGGCACAGUGAGGAGAAACACUGGAUACCAGGCUCAACGAGGCACAGUGAGAGAACACUGGAUACCAGGCUCAAUGAGGCACAGUGAGAGAAUGCUGGAUACCAGGCUCAACAAGGCACAGUGAGAGAAUGCUGGAUACCAGGCUCAACAAGGCACAGUGAGAGAACGCUGGAUACCAGGCUCAACGAGGCACAGUGAGAGAAUGCUGGAUACCAGGCUCAACAAGGCACAGUGAGAGAACGUUGGAUACCAGGCUCAACGAGGCACAGUGAGAGAACGGUGCUGAAGAGCUCCAUCUGGGCUGGCUGUUAGGCAGCUUAGUCUGUCUCUCUGAUCUGAUGGAUGUAUUAGUCUGAUGUUUAUACGGGUCACAUUAACAACUGGUCUUAUUCUGUCUCUCUGAUCCGAUGGGUAGAAAUGUAACCACUCUCAAAUUCAUAGACAGAGCUACGGAUGCAAGGCCUGGCCGUCCAUGACAUCACCAUGAUAUAUCUGAACCAUGUUCUGAGGCUAUAGGGUGUGUUUAGAAACAUUGGAGUAAAAACAGCUUCUAUUUUGGGUUCUGAUGAGGUUUGACAGUUGAGCUGAGCUCAUGACGCAUUAAUAAGUUAUAUUCUUCAAGAAUCAAUGGGUGUGUCAUAAAUGUACAAGUCCAAAAAUGGAUGUAGCAACUAAGAGUUCUAGCGUUAAGGAAAUAGACGCCUGGCUCAGAUAGAAUCCUAUCUCGAAUAAGCGACGGUUGUGUUCGGUGAUUGAAGCCAAUAAACGCCCUGGCUAUUGAAGAUUUGCAAUAGUAAUUCACUACAACAGUUACAAUGAUGAUUCAGUUGGUAGACCUAUGAUGAUUCAGUUGGUAGACCUAUGAUGAUUCAGUUGGUAGAUCUAUGUUGAUUCAGUUGGUAGAUCUAUGUUGAUUCAGUUGGUAGAUCUAUGUUGAUUCAGUUGGUAGAUCUAUGUUGAUUCAGUUAGUUACAAUGAUUCAGUUGGUAGAUCUAUGAUGAUUCAGUUGGUAGACCUAUGAUGAUUCAGUUGGUAGACCUAUGAUGAUUCAGUUGGUAGACCUAUGCAUAGUUGUUUUAAGUGUCAUAGUUGUUUUAAUGGUAUCAUAGUUGUUUUAAUGGUAUCAUAGUUGUUUUAAUGGUAUCUUCAGUGUCUAAAUGUAUCUUUAUGUUUUGUGGAAGUGUACUUCACGCUCAUUAACUCUCUCUAAUAAUGUGUGUGUCUGUGUUCUUCAGUGGAGUGGCAAAGGCCCGUGUGAUGGCGUAUUUUGGUGAGGGGGAGGGGCCUAUCCAUGUGGACAACGUGAAGUGCUCUGGCGAGGAGCGUUCGUUGGUCGACUGCCUCAAACAGCCAACCGGGACGCAUAACUGUCGCCAUAGCGAAGACGCCGGGGUCAUCUGUGACUACGGCCAAUCACAGCUCAGCCAUACAGAGGGCAAAGGUCAGUGGUGA